AUGGGUGCGUCGAUUUGUGCGCCGAAUAAGAAAAAGACGCAAGUUGGCGCAAGUUGGGUCGGAAAUGACACCGAAAAUCCGUUUGACACUGGUUUAUCGAAAAAAGACAGGACUUGUUUGAGGGACACGUUUCAGGUGAGGAGUACUGUAGAUGGCGGGGGUACUGUAGGAUUACUGUAGAGCUUGAAAUUUCCUUCAAAAUGACACCAAACAUGGGUACUUUAGGCUACAGUAAUCCUUUAGUGAAACGAGUUUUGAAAAAAAGUUCCAAAAUUUUUGUAGAUCAGAAUUUUCGGGGUACUGUAGUUUUGUGUAGAAGUACUGUAGGUGAUUACUGUAGUUCUUGAAAUUCCCUUCAAAAUGACACCAAACAUGGGUACUGUAGCUACAGUAACCUGAGAGUUGUAGAGGCUUUGAAAAAUAGUGCCAAAAAAAGUUCCAAAACUUUUGUAGAUCAGAAUUUUCUAGGGUACUGUAGGUGAGUACUGUAGCCCUUGAAAUCCUCUUCAAAAUGACACCAAACAUGGGUACUGUAGGUACAGUAACCCUUUAGAAAAAUGGGUUCCAGAAUUUUGUAGAUCACCGGAUUACUGUAGAUUUUGAGGUACUGUAGAGGAUUACUGUAGGUAUAUUUUGUUGAAGAGCAAGCUUAAGAGUACUGUAGAAAAUUAUGGGUUACUGUAGCAGCUACAGUACUCCUAGAAAAUGUGAUCUAGAAAAACAUUUGGCACAAUUUUUCUAGAGGGGUACUGUAGGCUACAGUACCCUACCCAUGUUUGGUCUCAUUUUGUAGGGAAUUUCGAGGGCUACAGUACCCACCUACAGUAAGAAGCGAGAGAGCUACAGUACCCAGAAUUUUGGCUGAAGAAAAUCUGAUCCACAAAAAAAUUUUGGAACUUUUUUUUUUCAAGGGUUACUGUAGGCUACAGUACCCCAAGUUUGGUCUCAUUUUGUAGGGAAUUUCGAGGGCUACAGUACCCACCUACAGUACCCCAAUUUUUUUGCAGCGGCUCGAAGAGCCCAAAGAAAUUGUGGGCCUAAUCUUCCUGGACAUUGUCAACGACAUCGAACCGGAUUUGAAAAAAGUGUUUGGGGUGGAUCGGGCGCCGCGAUCGCAGAUGCUAAAAAUGCCGAAAUUCGGUGGCCACGUGGCACGAUUCGCCGAUUUGUUGGAUCAAUUGACGUCGAUGUUGGGAUAUACGGAAAAUUUGACGGGAGCCUGGCAACUGGUACGAAAGACUGGAAGGAGUCAUGUCAGGCAACAGUGAGUUUCCGGGAGCAUUUUGAGCCCAAGCACGGUGUAUUUUGCUCAAAAAGUUGAAUUUUUGGAGGAAAAUUUGAAAUUUUCACAAUUUUUGGAGCAUUUUGAGCCCAAACACGGUGUAUUCUGCUCAAAAACUUGAAUUUUUGUGAAAAAUUUGAAUUUUUCACGAUUUUUGACGCAUUUUGAGCCCAAACACGGUGUAUUUUGCUCAAAAAAUCCAAUUUUUCAUGAUUUUUUGCAGUCCGGUGGUUACUGUAGCUCGAAAAUUUGCACAUUUUUGAGCUACAGUACUUCGAACUGCAAAAAAUGAAGAAAUUUGCAGUUUGGGUUACUGUAGCUCGCAAAAAUUGCAAAAUUUUUGAGCUACAGUACUCCGAACUGCAAAAAACCACGAUUUUUGCAGUCCGGGUUACUGUAGCUCAAAAAAUUGUUCAAAAUUUGCUUGUUUUUCGAGCUACAGUACUCCGAACUGCAAAAAAUGACAAAUUUUGCAGUUCGGGUUACUGUAGCUCGAAAAUUUGAACAUUUUUCGAGCUACAGUACUCCGAACUGCAAGAAAAAUGUUAAAAAUCACGAAGUUUUGCAGUCCGGGGGUUACUGUAGCUCGAAAAAUUGUUGAAAAUUCGGUUUUUCGUGGAUUUUUUUUCUAGCUACAGUAACCCUACAGUACUCUGAAUGCUUGAAAACCAAAAAAUAGCAAAACACCUACAGUACCCCCAAAACCUACAGUAAUCCAGUGAUCUACAGAAAUUUUGGAAACAAUUUUUUUAACUCUCCAAAUCUUACUGUAGGGUUACCUACAGUACCCUACCCAUGUUUGGUCUCAUGUUCAAGGGAAUUUCGUAGAGCUACAGUAUUCUUGACUAGAAUAGGGUACUGUAGCUACAGUACCCUAAAUUGGAUAAAAUUCCAAAAAAGUGCCAAAAACCUUGAUUUCAUGAAAAAUACAUCAUUUUUUGGGAUUUUUUCAUAGCUACAGUAACCCAGAAACCCUGCCACGUGGCAUUUUUCCUUUUUUUUGGCUAAGAAAUCGUCACAUACCAUUAUUUUAAUCAAAUUUCCAAUUAAAAUAAUGUGACGCCCCCCCCCUAAAAUGCCGUGCACUAUAAAAUCAUUCAAAAAUUUUCAAUUUUCAUCCGCAAAAAAAAUGAGAAAAAUCUCGAUUUUCUCCCUAUUCUUGGCCAUAUUUUUCGUGUCUAGUUUGAUCUCGACGGAGGCCAAAAAAUCGACGCGGCGCUACCGUAGUACCGAACUAUUGAGCCUGAAAAAUCUGAGCAAAUCGGAGAAAAAAGAGCUGGUCGAGGCGGUCAAAACCUACGCCCAACAUCACAAAUCCAACAAUUUCAAGGCGGCAAAAGCGAUCGCGCAAUUCUUGCGCAAAACCAAAUUCGGAGCUUCCGGAAACGACGCGGAAGCGGAAAAGAACGCGGAAAAAUGGUCGGUGAUUGUGAAUGAUGAGAAGAUUAAAAGAUACAUCUAUUCGAACAAGGCUAUUUCACUCAAAUAUAAGGGCCGCUAUUUUUUGGUCUUUAAUUAGGGGAAAUCCUUAUUGAAAAUAAAGUUUUAAGCAUUCAGAGUACUGUAGGGGUACUGUAGAAAAAUGCAAGGUUACUGUAGAAAAAAAUCCCAUGAAAAAUGAUGCAUUUUUCAUGUUUUUGGCACCUUUUCUGGGUGAAUUACGGUACUGUAGGUACAGUACCCUUAAGAAUACUGUAGCCCUCAAAAUUCCCUUCAAAAUGAGACCAAACAUGGGUAGGGUACUGUAGGCUACAGUAACCCUCCAGGAAUUGUUUCCACAAUUUUUGUAGAUCACUGGAUUACUGUAGGUUUUGGGGGUACUGUAGGGUUACUGUAGCUAAGAAAAAAAUCUCGAAAAAUUGGAUUUUCAACAGGUUUUUGAGCUACAGUAACCCCCGGACUGCAAAAAUCGUGAUUUUUAACAUUUUUUUGCAGUUCGGAGUACUGUAGCUCGAGAAAUUUGCGAUUUUUUGAGCUACAGUAACCCCCGGACUGCAAAAUUUGUCAUUUUUUUGCAGUUCGGAGUACUGUAGCUCGAAAAAUUUGCAAUUUUUGAAGAAUUUUUGCGAGCUACAGUAACCCGGACUUCGAAAAUUCGUGAUUUUUUUUGCAGUUCGGAGUACUGUGGGCUACAGUAGUCAUGUUGGAGCUCAUUUUGAAGGGAAUUUCAAGGCCUACAGUACUCAACUACAGUAACCGAGUUUUUUAGCAAAAUACACCUUGUUUGGGCUCAAAAUUCAUGAAAAAUCGCGAAAAUUCCAGAAUUUCAGCCAAAAAUUUUCAGAUUUCUCGAAGAAAACCAAAAUCAGCUGAACAAAAACUACUUCGACAUAGUCAUCAACAUUUUCAUCCAUCGCCUAAUACCGUAUCUGACCGGCGAACAAGAAUUACCAAAUAACAAUGCGGAAGGCGGCGGAGAGCAGCGGAAAGUCCGCUUCGUCCAAAAUUAUCAGCCGGCACAGGUUCACGACGUGUGGAAGCGCUUUUUUCAGAUUAUGAUCGCACAGAUGACGGAUAGUUUUGAGUUGGAGCGAGCCAAGCAGCGGAAUGCGCAGAGCCAGAAGGCACUCGCUCCGCAUCAACAUGUCGAGCAGAGUGAGAGGAAGAAGAAGAAGAUACAGGUUAGUGAUUUGUUUUCCGCGAGCUUCCGCAAGCUUCCGCGUGGCCGCUGCGCGGAAGAUAGUGCCGCUCACGCGGAAUCUUGCGGUCUACACUCGCUUCGCUCGUCUCAUACUCUCUAGCUAUCCGCGUGGCCGCUGCGCGGAAGAUAGUGCCGCUUCGCGGAAGCUCGCGGUCUACUACCCUCUAGCUAUCCGCGUGGCCGCUGCGCGGAAGAUAGUGCCGCUUACGCGGAAGCUUGCGGUCUACACUCGCUUCGCUCGGGGCGAGCUGCUUUUCAACAAAAUUCGCCGCUACAUCCGCAGCAGCGUGGCUAGCUCAGUGGUAGAGUGUUUUGCUGGUGUUCGAGAGGUCACGGGUUCGAGCCCCACCCGGAACUUUUCGAAUUUUUUUUUCUUUCUCAUCUUUUUUCCCUGGAUUAUUUUUUUGCUGCGUCUCUCACAAUCCCAUACUCUCUAAUUUUCCGCGUUGCCGCUUCGCGGAAGCUUGCGGUUUACACUCUCUAGCUAUCCGCGUGGCCGCUUCGCGGAAGAUAGUGCCGCUUACGCGGAAGCUUGCGGUCUACACUCGCUUCGCUCGCGAGCUGCUCUUCGACGAAAUUUGACGCUGCAUCCUUAGACGCGUGGCUAGCUCAGUGGUAGAGUGUUUUGCUGGUGUUCGAGAGGUCACGGGUUCGAGCCCAGCCCGGAACUUUCGAAUUUUUUUUCUUCUUUUUUUCCCCCACGGAUUAUUUUUGUUGCUGCGUCUCUCACAAUCCCAUACUCUCUAAUUUUCCUUUCCGCGUGGCCGCUUCGCGGAAGCUUGCGGUCUAGAUUUUCAGCCAAAAUCUGAAAUUUUUCUGAAAAAAAUCAAUUUUAGGCUCGUUUUGAAGCUCUUUUUUCGAAAAUUUCAGAUUUUAAGCAUCCACGUGGCACCUAAAUUCCAAUUUUUUUUCAAUUUCAGGAAAAACAAAGUGAAAUCGAGAACACGGCAAGUUCGAAUGAGCCAAAAGAGCAAGAGCAAAUGUUUGAGGAUCCUUUCUAA